AUGCCGUUUGGUUUAAACAACGCUCCGGCAGAAUUUCAACGCAUGAUGGACUAUGUGCUCUCGGGCCUGAAAGGCACCGAACUCUUCGUCUACCUAGACGACCUAAUUGUUAAUGCAUCUUCCCUCCAUGAACACGGCGUUAGAGUGCGCAGACUUUUUGAGCGUCUGCGGAAAGCAGGACUCACACUUCAGGCUUCCAAAUGUCGUUUCUCAUGCAAAGAGGUCAAUUACUUAGGCCAUAUAAUCACCACUGAUGGCAUUAAGCCAGACCCUGACAAAGUGAUAGCAGGCGUUAGGUCCACUGUAAAAUCGUACGACAGGGUCCUAAGGGAGAGAGAAAACAGCACCCUAGCUGACUCUCAACUUGAACAGACCAAUGAACUCGAACGUGAUGAAGAGGAUAACGAAGAGGACUCGGAUGAUACUGAUGAGAGUAUCGAGAGUGACGGAGAGGGCCAGGAACCUGAGUCGCCUCAGCCCGAUUUCCCAGUUCAAGAGGUGUUAAACCUCACUCCGUUCAAGGAUAUGUACUGGGACAAGGGUGCUUAUCAGUACAUCGAGACUCUCCAGCAUUCUACCUCUGCGCGCAAUCCGCAACUAACCUUACCGAAUUCUAGCAACUCCCCAUCUUUCAGCCAUGAUGAACCUCCUAAUCUCAGCCGAUGGCUUGCUAUCUCCCAUCAGGCUGCAAA